AUGACGGGAAUUGCUUCAGGCCUGAAUGCCGCACACAUUCCUGUGAAUCAUGAUAGUUCUCAGGCCUCCCGCAGCUGCGGCGAUCCGACCAGUGAACAAGACGACUUGGCUUCGACUCAUUCUGGGGACGAAACGGUUCUCGCAACAGACCCUUUAGGGGACGCAUUUGACGAGCCGAUUUCAUUCAAGCGCAAGCAAAAAGGUCCCGCCCGAUUCGCUCUCUCGAACUUCUUCUCCUCCACCGAAGGAACCUCUCAUCCCCCUUUACACAAUCCUUUUGGAAACAAUAGCGGCGCAUCCACAAAUCGCACCCCAUCACCCGCGGCGGCGACGACUGGCAAUGGAGGACUAGAGGGGAAUAAAGCUGGCGGACCACUUGACUGGUACGUCGAGGGACCCGGCCGACGAGUGGGCUACGACAACUUAACGGCUAUCGAUUGGAUCUUCGAGUAUACAAAGGAGCGCCAGCGGAUCAGACAUCUUUAUGCCAGCAACAAAGGUCUCUUUGGCUACGUUCGCAAAAUUCUAGAUGCCAGCCAUAUCUGGAUUAUCUUGAUAUUAACGGGGAUAGCUGUUGGUGUAAUAGCAGCGUGCAUAGACAUCGCAAGCAGUUGGCUUGGAGAUAUCAAAACUGGCUACUGUCGCACUGGUGUCGAAGGAGGGAAGUUUUAUUUGAAUAAGAGCUUUUGCUGCUGGGGCUAUGAUGAUUUAUCUGAGUGUCAGCAUUGGACACCGUGGCGUAAUGCUCUACAUGUUGGAUCUAAAACUGUCGGAUAUGCGGUGGAAUAUGUAUUCUUCAUCAUGUAUUCCAUUCUUUUCGCAACAACCGCAAGUGUGCUCGUUAGAAAGUUUGCGGUACACGCCAAACAUAGUGGUAUCCCGGAGAUAAAAACUGUCCUCGGCGGUUUCGUAAUCAAGCGGUUUAUGGGCGCUUGGACGCUACUGAUCAAAUCUCUCGGUCUUUGUCUUUCUGCCGCGUCGGGACUAUGGCUCGGAAAAGAAGGCCCGUUAGUCCAUGUGGCUUGCUGCUGCGCAAGUUUAAUUAUGAGACCCUUCCCCAGUCUAAAUCGUAAUGAGGCAAGAAAGCGUGAGGUUCUCUCGGCAGCCUCUGCGGCUGGCAUUUCCGUUGCCUUCGGAUCUCCGAUUGGGGGUGUAUUGUUCAGUUUAGAGGUGCUCCACCACUCAAAAUCCUUCGUAUGCGCCAUGGUUGCAGCAGUGACAUUGCACGCGCUCAACCCCUUUCGAACUGGCAAAAUUGUGCUCUACCAAGUUACGUACAGCCUUGGUGGAUUGUAUGGCGGUCUGUUCAUUAAACUCAACAUGAGAGUCGCCAGAUGGCGAGAAGCGAGGAGCUACUCACACCCGAUCUUACAAGUGGCCCUUGUUGCACUCAUCAGCGCCCUAAUUAACUUCCCAAAUACAUUCAUGCGGGCUCAAUUAUCUGACCUUGUAUAUUACCUCUUUGCGGAGUGCGCGGAAGUUACAGAUGAUCAGUUCGGGCUUUGCAAAACGGGAUCUGCAUCUUUGGGCGUUAUUGGUCUUCUGCUCCUUGCUGCAAUUCUCGGCUUUUUUCUUGCCUCAAUCACAUUCGGCCUAGAUCUCCCAGCGGGCAUCAUCCUCCCGUCGUUGGCGAUGGGGGCACUCUCUGGUAGAGCUCUCGGCAUUGCAUUUGAAAUGUGGCAGAAGGCUCAACCAGAUUUACUGCUCUUCCGUAAAUGCGAGGCCGACAUUCCAUGCAUUACUCCCGGCACGUAUGCUAUAGUCGGUGCUGCUUCUGCACUCGGAGGGGCAACUAGAAUGACGGUGUCGAUAGUGGUUAUCAUGUUUGAACUUACCGGUGCUCUCACUUACGUCAUCCCCAUUAUGAUUUCUGUGAUGCUCUCUAAGUGGUGUGGAGAUACUUUUGGGAAACGUGGUAUUUACGAAUCAUGGAUCCACCUUCGUGGGUAUCCCUUCAUUGAGCAAAAGGAUGAGGUUGUCCUACCCGAUAUCCCAGUGAGCCAAGUCAUGACCAGUAUUCAUGACCUUUCAGUUAUCACAGCUGUCGGCCACACAAUCGAUUCCCUCCUGCAUCUCCUCGACAAAACCAGCUAUCGAGGUUUCCCCGUCGUCUCCGAUACAUCUAACCCUAUCUUACUGGGCUACAUAUCCCGUAACGAACUUAGCUUCGCACUUAAAUCGGCUACCUCUCGAAGCUCCCGAGGCGUAUCUCCGGAAACCCCUGCAUAUUUCGCUCAUCAGCCCUUUGCCGAUCCACUAGAGAUCCUGGAUCUUCGCCCUUGGAUGGAUCAGACGCCCAUCACACUCAACAGCCGCGCCAGCUUCCUAGUCGUCUUGACUAUGUUCCAACGAUUAGGCCUUCGAUACGUACUAUUUGUGAACAAGGGUGCUCUCCAAGGGUUCCUGACAAAAAAAGACGUCUGGUAUAUUAUUGAAGAUGCGCAAAAACGGAGGGCGGAGGGCUUAAGAGACAAUGAAAUUGGAGAAGGAAACACCGAGGAUGAGGGAAGGUUUCGACGAAAUGAUGAUAACGACCACCACAAUAUAAGCACGUUCAGUCCGCUUGACGCUAGACAUUCGUUAUAA